CCUUCACCGUAUCUCCAAUAAAGCUCGAGGUAAACCAUGGCGCUCAAGCGCAAGGCGUCUCCCGGCUUGGCCGACGACCUGAUGAUCUCCUGCGGCGGCGGCCGUAGCCACGCGUCGUCGAACACCUUUGCGCCAGCACCGGCGUCGAGGGAGUCGUGGGCGGAGGCAGUGGGCGCGGUGGCGGCGGCGCAGCGGGGUCGGAAGCGCUUCGUCGGCGUGCGGCAGCGGCCAUCAGGGCGGUGGGUGGCCGAGAUCAAGGACACCAUCCAGAAGAUCCGGGUGUGGCUCGGCACCUUCGACACGGCCGAGGAGGCCGCGCGCGCCUACGACGAGGCCGCCUGCCUCCUCCGCGGCUCCAACACCCGCACCAACUUCUGGCCCCGGGCUGCCGGCGCCGCCGCGCCCGCCGCCGCAGUCUUCACGCUGCAACACCCGCCGCCGCCGUCCGCGCUGCCCUCCAAGGUCACCAACCUUCUCCUCCUCCGCCUCAAGAAAGCACGCAGCAGUGCCGGCGCCGUUACACUUGCACAACAAGAGGCGCCGGUGCAACACCGGCAAGCUCAGCAAGGGUACGGCGGCCAAGACGAGUACAGCUUCCAAGUCGACGACUUUCUCAGCUACGACGGCGCCUCCGACGAGCUCCAAGUCGUGAAGCACGAGGUGGCGUCCAACUGCUCCCAGGAAGCGGAGGACGAUGGCGACGAGGAGGUAGGCGGGGAGGAGGACGAGGCGCCCUUGGACUUCGGGUUUAUGGACAAGCAGCCAUCGCCGGCCAGGGAGGUCGACGACGCGGGGCCGCUCUACUCGCCGUUCGAGAUGGUGGCAGACGAGCUCGGUUGCACGGCGGAGGUGGAGCCGUCGGGGCCGAUCAACGAGGUGAUGAAGAGGAUGAAGUACGAGAGGAAGAUUUCCGCGUCUCUCUACGCGCUCAGCGGGGUGUCGGAGUGCCUCCGCUUGCGUCUCGGCGACGGCGGCGACCACGUCGGUGCCGGGAGGCACGAGCUGGCGCUCUCCGGCCUGAGGGACGCGUGCAGGAAGCAGCAGGAGCAAGAAGUUGUAGACGAGGGAGGCAACGCCGUUGGCCAUGAGGAGAGCUCGAGCUGCAGCAACAGCAUCUCGUCGGAAGCGGCGAGCUCGUCGCCGGAAGCAGCGAGCUCUCGGCAGGAGGCGAAAGCUGCCGAGAGCGACAUGCUUCUGUGGAGCUCCCUCGAUCUGCCUCCUAUUUGCUAAAUUUUAUUGUUAUAGAAGUGUUUAAGUUUUUUUUACCAUAGUUAGUUGUACUAGAAUUUGUCGUAUUAUUUUGCCAACAUAUGUUGAGGGUAUACAUCAGGAGCCCUAUUCCUCGGGUCAUAUAGUUUGGCUUCUUACUUUUAUAUAAU